UGGCUCCCAGUGCUUUUCACAGUCAUAAUGGUCCGCGGACGAGUCGCCAACGCCGUGCGGCGAUUUGCCUCCCACAGCCAUGCUCAACCUCAUGCGAGCGAUGCUCAUGCGGCAGUCCACCAUCAAGCGGAGACGGCCAUGCUGACCAACAACGGCACCCAUGUGUGGACAACCAAGGGAUUUGAAUGGUCCACGUACAUGGGCAUCGUCGGCGGACCCCUCGUCCUCUGGCUCGGUCUAUCCAACGCCCCCGACACGGAUUUCGAAGAGUAUGGCCGCCGUGAAGCCGUCAAGCGCCUGCGCUCGGACGACGUCGUGUUGAUUUCCCGGCAAAACACGAUCAACGGCCCGUUUGUGUUUGUGAAAAACGAAAUUGGCGAACGUCCAGCUUUGGAUGAGUAAGCAAGAACGUUGAACGAUCCAAGUAGACGUUGGUUGGCAUCGCUGGUAUAUACUCCAUGUUAAUCGACCUUUUCUCGCAACAUAUAUGCGUGCCUAUCCUCAA